CAUAUUUAUCACUGAAUUCACCCAAAUUUGGUGGAAAAAAUCCAAAUGAUUGUGAAGAAAGUGUAUUUUGAGCGACAUGUUUACUUUCAUUGCAAACCGAAAUGGAAAACCGAAAUUAUUUCAGCAACAAUUUCUUUGCAAUUGAAGGUCUUUAUACCGGAUGUAGUAUGAAUCCGGUACGGUCAUUUGCACCUGCAUUUUGGAACGAUAAUUGGAAGGAUCACUGGAUUUAUUGGGUUGGUCCUAUUUUGAGAGCCUUGGAACGUUUGCUUAUCAAUUGCUGUUUGCAGAAACACAACCAGCGGAAAAAAUCUAUUUGUUUAACUGAUAUAAAGCCUAUUACCGUAUUGUCACAGUCGAAUAAUGUUAUUAUAUAA